UUAAACAUUGAAUAGGUAGCAGCGCACGUUGUUGGAGGUGUUGAGCAUGCACUUGCGAUAGCGAAUUUUCACGUUUGCCUUCGAAGAAUCACUUGUUUGUUGGACAUUGUCGAAGGUGCAUCGCUUUUCUAUUUGCCGCUUUAAACGUUCGUUCACAAUAAAAGAAAAACGAAUCCAUUCGUCGUUCGCAAUUCGAGUUUUGUGGAACACAUUUUUUUUUUCAUCUUCUCUAUAUGUCGUUUUUAUCCAUCGUGUCGUAGUCGUCGUCGUUAUUUUACCGGAAAUGAAAUUGAUCAAGUUUUUCGUGAUCUUUUUUACGUUGAAUUGAACAUUAAACGGGAUAAAUUUAUGCAGAUGCUGGAUAAGAGUUGGAAAUUUAAUGAAAAAGUGAAUCGAAAUUGAAUUUACCAAUAUAAAAUAUUCGAAGUUGAAUGGCAAACGGUGAAAAAAAAAAUAAUCGCGCGAGCGUUGAAAAAAAAAAUCGAAACUUUUUUAAUUAAAUUUUUUUUUUCGAUCUUAAAUGUGAUUGAUUUUUGUAAGUUCAAUUUAUAAAACUAUGUGAACAUGUACUUAUAUUGCGGUAUACACACAGUGGCUAAUAUACUAAACUUUUAUUGUGGCAGAAAAUAAUUAUAAUUAAAUUUACCAAAAACUAAGGGCAUCAUAUUCCAGCAGGAAUUCUCUCGACGCAGCAACAAAACUUUUGAAAAACAAGAGACAACAGCAAAAAGAAUUGCCGACCAACUGAAAUGCACUAAUGAAGUAAUAAAGUGAAAAACAUCAAACCAAAACGACACACAAAAAAAUAGUAUUUCAUACGAGAAAAUUGUGGAAAAGUGGUUCGAAAGCCCGGCAAAAACAUGAUCAAAUGGUAUUUCAUAAAACUUUUGCCAGUGUUCAUUUGGAUUUUAUCACAACAUUUGCAUGCGGCAAAUGAGGUUGCUGUUGAUGCAGCCGACAUAGAUGAUGCACAGACUGUAUGGAGACCGACAGCACAUCACAUUUUGCCGACCGCAGAUCUAUCACAAUUAUACGAAUCAAAAGAUGAUGACGCAAGCAAUAUUCAAAGGAGAUUUGAUGAAAAUUUACCAGCCGAAGUGGAAAAUGAGUGGCAACCAGCAUUAAUAACGGCCGAUGAACAACAACAACCAACAGCCGGAUUUAUGGUUUCGGCCACUCAUUCGUUUAGUGAAGAUGAUACAAUGCCUGCCAUUGACAAACGAAACGAUUGGAAAUCAAUUGAAACAGACGUUCAAUCACCUGUACUUCAAGUACAGAGACAAUUCAAUGUUGAUCGUGUGUCUGGUGAUGUUUCCGAUCGACCACAUUAUGAACCAUGGGUGCAACGUGAUCGCGAACGCUUUGUAUCGUCUACUUUGACAACGCCUACAAGUAGCACACAACGAUUUAAUAAAUCAUAUCGAAAGCCGUUUGUGAGCUCACGUCGCAACGAAGACGAGAAAUCCAAUGAAACGCAAGCAAACGAUAACAAUGGCAGAACCACCAAUUUGAGAAAUAUUCUGAAACAAACGGGCGGUUUGAGUUUGAGUGAAAUUUUGCAACAACAAAAUUUAUCAUUGGAAGAUCUGUUGAAAGGAAAACAAAAUGCAUUGAAAGCACUUCAAAAUACCGCUCCACCACCGCCGCCCGAUCCAAAAGACGAAAGCGAUACAGCGAAGACAACACGUAGACUGCCAUCAAUAUCACAGUUUAGUGUUGUGAAACCAAGACGAAAUUUCUUUAAUGGCACCACGCGUAUGGCAAAUUCCAAUCGAAUCGACUUUAGUCAGCCAACACCAACAGCUGACGAUGUCAAUGAAAAUUCAAGCAGCGAAUCGUCUUCAGUCGAAAGACGAAUUGCUUCAACAAUUCCAACACAUCUGGCAGAAAUGCCGGCGAGUAAAUAUGUUGAAGAUUCAAGUGGACGACGUGUGCCGCCAAUUCGUGGAAAGUUCAUUAAACAAGUUGUGUCAGGAAUUCGAACUGAUUUUGAUAAUUCAAACUUGCGUAAGCGAAAACCAAACAUGAAAUUCUUACAGUCAAAACAUCGAACCACUUCGACAGUCGAAACAUUAUCGUCUGAAUCGAGUGGAAAUGAAACGCAAACAGAUGACAAUAGAGCACCUGAAACAAAUGAAGAACAAAAAGUCGCAGAUUUAAAUGUAAAUGUUUCAACAACAACAACAGCUGAAGCCGAAGUGUCGACAACAACGAUAGCGCCAAAAUAUAAUAUACGUGAACGUUUGACACUUCGACCACCAAGAUUAAGAAACGUUCCUUCGGUUCAACCAUCUGCAAUUCUUCCGACUGCGAUCGGGUCAUCGGAACCAUCAUCAUCAACAUCGGCACCAUCCGAAGUGACAUCGAGUAAAGUUACGACUACAAGUGAAGAAACACUUCCAUACACCAUCAUCACAUUUACCACUCAAUCGAAUGAACCAAAGUCGACUGUCGAACCAAGCGAAAUAUUGGAAAAUGACGAUCAACCAGUUGACGAUUUGAGUAAGAAAUUGAAUGAAUCAGUGCCGGAACUAAAUUUAGUCGAUUUAGAAGAUGAAUCAAAAUCGAAAGAGGUGACAAGUUUGGAAGAGCUCUUCAUUAACGACAGUUUGGAUCCGGAGAGUAAUGGCAACAGUGCCGAAAUGGAUGAAUUCAUUCAUGCAUCAUCAACAUCACGUUUGGAUAGUAUUUACAAAUCGAAAAAACCAAAUUCAUUGAAAAUUUUUGGUGGAAAUUUGGUGAACAUCAUUCGAAAAACGAUCGAUAAAUUAGAUGUUACCGAACGUAAUCCGGGCCUAUUUACUGAUAUCACAUCAAAAUUUGUGGAUGAUAAAACCGAACUAAUGGAUCUAUUGAAUGAUCGACGUAGUGGUGCACGUUUGGUUAAAGUGCUUCGCCAACGUAAUAUGACAAUCGAUGAAUUGCUUGAUCAUCGCAAACGUGGCUCCAGCCAAGUUCAUUUGGCCGAAAUAUUCUAUAGUCGUGACAGUAAAGUGACCACACCACCAACAUCGCCAGACCAACCACUCGAGAAAACAAAUAACGUUGAUGUUGUUACCGCUUUUAAAAAUUUUCCCGAUUUCAAUUUGGAGCAUGUGAAAAGUGUGAAUCCGGAUGAAAUAAAACAUGAUUCACAAGGUUCAAGUUACUUUACAUCGAUUACAAAUAUUCAACCAACCGCCGAAGUGAUCAAAGAAUCACGAGCAAUACGCAAGCCCUUUGUGAUAAAAUUGGCCGAAAGUUCAACCGGACGAAAUAUACCAACACAAUUAUGGAACGUGGAUAACAUUGAUGCGUCGUUACCGCAGAGUGAGAACAAUUUUUUGGAAAAAUCAGCACCGGCCACAUCGUUAUUUCUAUCAAAACAACACGUUCUGCGACCAUCAACGGGCGAUGAGACAAAUAUAAAUACGGCAUUCCACGAUGUGGUCGAAAAUCGUAACGAUGCAGCGGCUCGUUCACAUGAUCCACUUGAUCUUGAAUUAUCCGGUCAUGGAUACAAACGAAAUAAUGUUCUAAUUGAAAAUACGCAUAUGCCGAUAGGAGUGAGGUCGGCCAUUGUUGCAUCCGCAUCGAUUGUACUGACUUCGUUGACAAUUUUCAUGGUCAUUUUUUUGGUUUGCCGAUGGCGACAGCGACGAAAGCGAAAAAUUUGCUAUUCGGAUCGAUUUCAAGCACUUCGAGGACGCCUUCCUAUUUUGAAUGGUGGCAGUCGUGAUAUAUCACCAUCGAAACGAAGUACUAGUCCAGCAAUUGCAUACUUGAGCGCGGCAAGUAGUUCGCGACGCAGCAGUAAACUUAACACAAUGGAUCCAAAUUCACCAGAAGUGCAAGAGUAUUUGUACGAUGCCAUGAGAAAACCAUUCCAAUAGACCGAUUCUUUUUCAUCGUCAUCUUUUUUUUCUUCUUCCUGUUGUUCACUUUUUGUGCUCCAAAUAACGAGCCGAACACGGGCGAUACAAAUUAAACGAAAUAGAAAAACAGACACACACACACACAUUAUUAAUAAGAUUAAUUUAACAUGUAGGCGAACUUUAAACGUAACGUUACGAUAAAUAAUAAUAAUUGUAGGAAUAAAAACAAAUGCAAAUUACAUCAUUUUCUUAAACAGAACUCUUUUUAGCAUUAGCAAUUUGUAGUUGAAAGGUUUUUUUUCUCACUUUGUUUGCUUUUAGUCUGAAGUACACAUACUAUAUAUGCAUUCAAUAAUAAUGUAAUACCGUAAGAAAAAUGAGAGAGAAACCAUUAAACGAAAAUAAAAUUUAAGCAGUUCGAUUGAUGUUUAUUGUAGUAAAAUUUGAUUUAAAUAGCACAAACAGUUCAUAUGAUUCGGAAUGCUUAAUUAUAAUUAUUAUUACAAAACAGAACUAUAUUGCAUUCCAUUUGAUUUGGAUUCCAUAUGGCUGAAAUGCAAAACGAACAUAUGCAUGUGAAAAAUCACAUUUAAUUGAUGCUAAUUGCAACACGUCAAUUCGAACAGAGAUUUUCAAUUUUCAAUCAUCGAUUCACUGCAAUUGCAAUCAAUCAUUAUUUAUUUCAUCGGAUAGAGUUCAUUAAGAACAUGAAUAUCUAGCACAUUUUCGAGCAAAUUACAAUAACUUUACCGCGUGAAGAGAAGAGAAGAGAAAAAAAAACAAACAAACUAACUAACUGACUAAAUCUUAAUUUAUGUACACACAACACUGACUGAGCGAACGACAUGUGCGUCGUGUUUGUGUGUACUGUUCUGUUGCUGUUUUUUUUUUAGUUUAUUGUGUU